GCCCAUCUCAUGUGUGGUAUGCGGUACUCCGUACCUUAUGCCAUUGAAAUUCCCACCCCCAUUUCCGUUCAUCGCCUUCUACCGACGACGACUUCCCAUCCCCGUCUCUCAUCCCCCCCUCUUCUCAACCUGCACACUGUCUAUUCCUGAGAAAAGCUCCUACCUGCCCACAUCGAGCCUCUUUGAUCCCACAUCCAUUGUCAAUUCCGCUCCAUCUGGACUCCACCGCUGCUCCUCUCUGUCACAGCUUGCUAGCUUUGAGCGUCAUUCUGAUCGGUUGCCGGAGCCUACUCCGCUGCUAUCCGCCUCAGCCAGUUUGGCCUCGAUCCUCAACACGGCUCCGAGCAUCACCAUCCCUCUCUUCUCUCCAACAACCUGGGAGAUCUCGCCCGGCUCUGCUUCCGUCGUCUUUUGCUUGGCAACCUCCGACCCAUCCCUGCCCUCCCGCCGACAUCUUCCUUGUGUGACCGCGACUGCGACGGCCCCAUCAAACUGCAAGCAUUACCAGCCCAGUGCCCACACCACCACCACCUGAGCAUCCUUGUCUGGCUGAUGGCAAGACGUUGCCGCGCUCUCACCACGCUGCAACCGGCACAACGACAAUAGGCUGACUGUCAUGACAUUGGCCUUCUUCGCCAACAUCGACAAAGUAAUACUCGAAGCUCAGCUUUACGACUGAUCGAUAUUCUGUCUAGCCGGGUGCAUCAUUUUCCGCUUCUUCCUCGAACCACCAGAGCUUCCGUACGCUCCGGGUCGUUAGCAGUCUUUCGGCGCGUUGGAACGGCAUUCCGCUGAUCUCUGCCUACCGUUUCCCGUCACGAAACGCCCGGUCGCCGGCCUGCUUCGACCGUAUUGCUCUCAUAUUGUCCGACUCGGCAGCUCUCCAGAUCGUCGACAGUGACUUUUCUCACUGACGCACGAUCAGCUGCCCCAAUCAUCUGUGGUACGCAGAUUUCAAACCUUCAUUGAGAACCCCGCAGUACCUUCAGACUCCCGUCCUCAGCGAUAUAUCGCAACCUCCCUUUCACCAGCCCCUCCCGUCCUUACCGUUUGCGCCUACCUUGCCCUUCCAUGUAACAUACUUCUCCUCGCCCUGUCACUCCAUCCCAGAACACUUUUCAGGCCAGUGUGUGGUAUUGCCUUUCUGCGUGUGGGAGAGUGCGAAUACCCACGGUGCCCCGUUUACAAGCGACCCCUCCGUUUCUACACAAUAUCAAGGUAUUCUCAGUUACUCUUGAUGAUGCCUGUCUCCCAGCUCCACCGAGUCACCCACUUCCAUCUUCAUCAUUGACCUGUCGCAAUCCUAAUCCAUCGUUCCCCCAUACUACCUCUUCUUAAUUCUGCGUACUCCUUCUUUGAUGUUGUCAAACGCAGACACUAACCAUCAGGCAUUGUAGCGUGCCCUCCUGCGUUUUCGAUCUCGACGAGGAUCAGCUUCGCUUCUUGAACAAAGCAGCACCUUCUCGUAUCCGAAGCCACCACACGUCCUCGUUGACACCGCGCCGCGCAACCAAUUUCGGGUCUUGUCCAUCGCCAAGUACACGCAGGCGUCGAGAUCAGUCCGAUUUUUGGCCAAACUCUUCAUCGUGUGUUUUCUCGCUUUUCCACCUUCUUGCCCGCGGUCUUCGCUUUUGCCUAUUUUUUCCCUCUCGUACUGCCCGGCGUCGUUAUCGGUACCCUGGGUACUGUCUCUCGACCCAGCAAGCAAGCCCAAAGCCAGUGCCACACGCAAACCAGUUGGUAGUCUUUACGCAUUGGGUAGGUCAGCAGCACACGAUACAACGUUUAUCGUCCUACUCUGGAUCAGAUAACGCUUCCCCACGACCAGAACACCCAUUUUCAGCAGAAUUUGAGCUCGACACUUUCGCCAGACCUGGCGAGAUCCUUACCCUGGACGAUGAAUACCCCUCCGAGCUUCUUCAAUGAUGCGGUUGAUAUUGCAACACCGACUAACAAUGACUUCCCCAGCGAUCAACCACGAACACUACAUCUAGAUUCGCUCGAUUUAGUUCGACCGGAAGAUAGCGACACAUCGGAGAACAUGGCACACCAUCCUUCCGUAUAUAUGGCUGUCCCGGGUGCCUGGGAUCCACUGGUGACUGGCAUGCCCUCAUUCUACAGCCAUCAUGGCCAAACACAGUACAACACGAAGCAAGAAGACGUCGAAGAUAGGCCGACAAUACUAAAUAUACCUCCGGCUUCAUCAUUUCAAUCGGGUGCGCGGGCCGACGCCAACAUCUCGACGCAGCCUCGACCGUCAAAAUCGAGUCGAGCAGCGGACCCUUAUGAUGCCAGCCCACCCAGGAAGAAGGGAAGGAAAGGCAAAGCUCCGGAGCAGAAUAACCAAGACCCUAAAAGAGACAAGUUCCUCGAACGAAACCGCGUCGCUGCGAGCAAAUGUCGCCAAAAGAAGAAGGAGUGGGUCUCAGACCUUCAGGAAACCAAGCAGGGACUGGAGAACCAGCAUGCACAGCUGCAGAUGGAAUACAAUGGACUGGUUGAUGAAGUUACGAGAAUGAAGAACGAGCUCAUGUCGCACGCCAAUUGCAACGAUCCGAACAUCAACCUAUGGCUCGACAACGAAGCCCGGCGAUUCGUUCAGGUGAGCGCAGAGCGUGUAAAAAAGCAAAGUCUUGAUGCCAGCCGCAUGGCUGGCAACAGGCCAUUCGGCACUGGGGGAGGAUAUAGACCGUCAAUUGACAGUCAAAUAUCUCUCAUAUCGCCUGCCCGCUCAGAGCGUGCUAUGACGAGCCUGUCAUCGAGAUCUGGAAGUGAUGCUGAUAUCAAUUACGACCACAUGCCCGACAGUGCUUUCGACCACGCCUAGGGCGCUGUGGCUGGCGACGAUGUGGAAUGAAUAGCAAGGCGCUGAGACCUGAGAAGCUGAGCCUUUCUGGGCACAGCAUAAGUAAGAAGCUCUCGCUAUCUUGAGUGGGGUUUCCAGAAUAGGAGUUCGGAUUGAUUCGGGGACAUAGCAAUGCUAUGGUCAAUGACUUGGGAUUAUAAUGACAACAAGGAACCAUACGGAAGAGUUGAGCCGCCAGCUACCGGACCAGCGCUGGGAAAACGACCUGAUACCCUGGGGGAAAGUUGGGCUGUACAUCUUUUGAGGUGAAGAAUUCAACAAGCCGAACUAGCGAUAGGGGAUUCGGAUAGACACAAGAUAACGAUAUGAACAAAGAAAAUUCGGCACAAAGCCACUAGGCAGAUGCUCUGAUCUUACGCGGGGUGUAAGGCCCUGUUCAGACCGGAUGCUGAAUGGGGCAAGAUGCUGACACCUGGAACCCCUCGGGGUACCGUUCUCUCAAGUGGUAGUACGACUUGGGUAGGUACACGGAGACCAUAUCCAAACGGCCGGAACAUUGGUUCGAGCCCUACGGCAGAGCCAGCCGCCCAUCAGUAGCUGAUCUGUGAGAAGCUUGCUCGCAGGGUGUUAUCAUGGCGGGUCCAAACAGGCGAGCUGGGUCGCUGUCAUCGUCGGUGACGAGAAUGUCGUUUGCCGUAUCUUGGACGUUCGAGACCUUGAAAAUGCGGGCUUUCCUUCAUGUUUCUUCUUCCAUUCCCUUUUUCUCUCCGACAUAUUCUAUCGGAUCGUCUGCGUGGAUGUCGAUGAAAGGCAAGUUUGGCGAUGGAGUCGGUGUCCACUAAACACUUCAUCACUUUCAUUCUCCCCGAGUCGAGCAGAAUAAAAGGGGUCCAGCGGUCGUUGCUACGCAAUUAUUCGAUGGCAGCAGGGGAUGUUGGGUGUUGUAUUCGAUGAGUUCUCGAUGUUGCCCGUACUAGUGCUGGGGUGGGGUGAGUUGAGCUUUCGACCUCGCUUCCGGGGCGGGGGGGUCGGUAUUAGGGGUCAUCGGUUCUAAUGAGCUUGAGUAAGUUCUUGCCGAGACCAUGAUGUGGUAUCCUUGUCGAUGGAAUAUCGGUCAAUAUGAGUGUCCUUGUCGGCUGUUGUUGCGUGUGGUGUUAUGAGGGUCGAGUUCAGGGUUGAGGACGGGGCGAAUCGUUUGGGAGCUGGUCGGUUGGAGCUGGUCGGUUCCACGAGGGAUUGUAUGGAGGCAAAGGUUCGAGGAUAGAGGGAAAUAGGUUACAGUUGUACUGAAGAUCGGGUUCGAAGCCAUUGAGGAAUUUGUGAAGUCGAGAGCAGUCGAUGUAUCGAAGGGGCGGGGUGUGAGACGGGAACAAUAGGGUGGGUAGGCGGGUGGAGAAGAUCGAUGCCCCCGAAGAAUCUUGCCAUCGAGACUGACGCGCUGAUACCAAGUGGUAGCAUGUAUCAAAAGCCCUUCUCCCGUAGAUCUUGGCGCCGUCGGAGGAGAAUUGAGAAGCUUGCCUGAGAAGCUGGGAGGUGUACCUGGUGUUACUUGGAAGUGUGUUCAAGCUGGCAGAUAGCUUCAGCAACAGUACCAAAGUACGGGCACACCGCCAUGGAAAGAAAGGAGCGAGAAGGGGAGGAAAGAGUACCAGAAUAAAACCAAGUCGAUAUGCUGUGAGGGCAAGUCGGUUUUUGAACUAGAAGAAAUUGGCAUGGAGGAGAAGGAGAAGGAGGAGGAGCUUGCCCCGGGAUCCUACGUCAGAUUUGGGUAGCUACAGACUGUACCUUAGCUUGUGCUGCACUACGUCAGUACGGGCCCCCUUGGAUUCGAUUCCCUGGGUUCCCCAUUCGCAACGACAACAAUACAACAUCACAGCUGUGGCCUUGAGAAGCGAAGUGGGGGAGGUCGAAGGGGGACCUUGUCCUGUCGUCUUCCCGGGGGAUUUCACUUGCUUCCGGGAGGGAGGGGAUGUCGCUCAUGGCAUGGCAUGAUAGGUGAGUAGAAGUUGAUGAAGGGAGGGAACAAGAGUGGUG